AUGUACUCUCAAGAAAGUAAUGAAUUAGAGAUCGAAAAAAAUAAAUUAAUAAAUGCUCGAACAAACAAAAAAUUCAAAGAAAAGAAUAGUCCAGUGGAUGAAAAAGACUCAAUUAUUCCAUUUGGAGUUCCUGUUUGGGUAUACAAUAAAGAUGAUGGGUCCGAGGACGUGAAAAGAGGCUUUUUAAGAGAUCCUAAUUUAGGUGAAAAUGUUAUGGUUGAGUUCUCCUCAAUCACGACGAAAAACAUAUUGGCAAUAAAAAGUUAUCCAAAGCAUAAGAUAGGAUUGAUAAUAGACAAUCCAAUUAAAAGCCCAGAUUUGUCUUUGCUGGAUGUCUGUACUCCUCAUGGGAUUUCACAUAUGCUUGGCGAAAGAUGUGCGGCUGGGCAUUACUACACUUUCAGUGGGAAUUUAUUGUUGUUUGUUCUGCCAAGAGUAGAAAAAAUUCCAAGACUAAUGGAAGCAUAUAGCAGUUUGGAAAUCCAAAGGUUUUGGACUGAGAUGAAAACUAAAUUUGAACCUCAUAUAUUCUCUUUAGCAAGACGUGCACUAGUUAGUUGGGCAGAGAAUCACCAAGACCAGACAAUAGUUAUUAUGGGAACACCGAAUACCGGAAAAUGUUUUAAUGUCCACAUGCUUAUUCGGUUUUUAACCAAAAAUCUCAGUUUAUACAAAUACAUAAAGAGUUCUUAUGCCAUUUCCGAAAAAAUUGCUUCUAUUGUUCAUAUUACAAGAAGUUUUAUUCAAACUCCAGGGGAGGGAAACUGUGGUGAUAAUAAAUUUUAUCAUUAUGGUCAAAGCUACUGCGGCCAAGUUUGGAGAAUUUUUGUUGAUAGAGACGGUUGUUUAAUGGGAUCACACCUACACUUGUGGUCCUUUAAUACAUCCCCAGUAUCAUAUUGGUCAAGAAAUGGCCCAUUUUUUUCAAUUUUUUAUCAGUUGGCACAUGGAUUAAUAUUGGACAGUAGUAAUCCCUUGAUAAAAUCGUUAGAAUUAUCUAACCACGAAAUUAUGAUCUAUUUAACUCAAGUUUCUCCGGAAAUGAAUACAAAUUACAUUGACCAACUUCGUGGGUUUAAGAUGACGGUUGGAUCUUUAGAUUCAUUGGGAUUGGAUGAUGUACAAAAGAUUGAUUUUUUUAAAGUAUUAUUUGCCAUAGUAGCUAUUGAUUCGUACAUAUCAUUAUUAUGUAAUCCAGGAACUAAAGAUAAUAACAACUCUAAAAUAAUUUUUUUCCCUAUGUUAGCAAGGUUAUUGGGGAUUGAGAUUGAAGAUUUAAACGCAAAAGUUACAUCUUGUUAUGAGUUUGUUCAAUUGCAAGUUACUCUAUACUGCAGAUUAUUGGAUUGGUUUGUUUUUAUAUCCAAUGAAAAUCUUCGCCCUACUACUACCGAUUUAUUAGAAAUGGAGGUAUUUACUAUUAUACAUGGACCUGGAUUUGUAAAAGAAGGUUUUUCGUUUUCGAAUGCAAUGCAAAAUUAUUGCGAGGAAAAAUUAAAAAAGAAUUAUAUUUACGAAUUAUUUGAUUCAGAAAAAAAGACACUUGAAUCUGAAGGUCUUAAUAUGAUUAAGUUAAAUUAUGAUGACAUUGACUCCAUUGCUAAUAUGUUUGAAGAACCAGGAAAAGGGUUGAUGAGCUUACUAAAAAUUACUUCGAAAAGACAAAGAAGAGUCGAGGAAUUUAUUUCGGAAAUACAAAAGGAUCCAAUGGAAUCUUUAUCAAUACUUCAUAAACCUACUCCAUGUGAUGAAUUUGGAAGAAUUGAUUUGGAGCCAUCAAAGUCUAUUUAUUCUAAAUUUGUAAAUUCAUUUGCAAAAAAUGAAUUAAUUAGAACAAAUGAUGAAUAUACAAUUAAGGGAGAAUCCAAAUUUCAAAAAGAACCAUAUAAUGAGCUUCUAGAAAGAAAAAAACAAAUUUGCAAAGAAUAUCACGACAACAAUUCCGAAAAAAUAAAGAAAUACAGAAAAAUGAGAUCAAAGCGUGUAAACAGAACAGACUCUUUGGGCAAAGAUUUAUUCGCAAGUAUAGUUCAUGAUUUUCAACUAUAUGACGAUAAUAAUAUUUUACAUUCAAGUGUUUUAGUAGAGGAUGAGCAACCUGGUGAAUUACCUGACUAUUUACCUCCUGAAGUAACUAUUAAUCAUUCUUUUGGAAAAUGUAACUAUAGUAUAAUGGCUAUGGCAGAAGAAGAUAACCUAAAUCAAGUUCCGGAGAAAGUUGAUGAAUUAUUUAAAAAGUCUAGUAAUAAGAUAAUUUGCGCAUGUUGGACAACUAUUUUAGAAACAGAUGAAAGGUAUACACAAGAAAAGAAUGUACAUAAAAGUUCUGCCCAAAAAAAAAAGGCUAGGAUAACAAUUGAUGAGGACCCUGAAAUAAUAAAAUUCGAAACUUUUUGGAAAAAAACUGAAGACUUUAUGGAUCUAACUUGGAUAAGAUUAAGUGCAAUUCCAGGAUCACCAUCAAUGUCUCAAAUUGCAGUAAAAGCUUGUAAAAUGCUGGAUUCAAUAUUAAGAAGAGGGAAGUUAUUUUUCGCAAUUUGUGCAAGUAGUUAUCAACUGGAUAAAAAAACUGAAGAGGAAGUGUCUGAAACUCAAAUAACGAACGAUCUGGAAAUGUACAAUAUUUCAUCUCAAGUCUUAUUGCAGCAGUAUGGGUUCACAGUAAAAAUACCAUUAAGAAUUUUCUUGCUUAAAUUUAGUGAAAUAUAUAUUCCAAGAAUACACAAAAAAGGUGUUUUAGAAAAGUUAAAAUCCCAAAAAAAUUUAAGGGAUUCAAUAAGAACACUUUUACAUGGGUUAGAGGUGCCUGAAGUUGAAUAUUUAAUCGGAACCCAACAUUUAUUCCUUAGAAAUAAAAUGGUAUUGGUUCUUGAGAGAAGGAGAGAAGAAUAUUUGAAAAAAGCAUUGCCAGCUUCUAUUAUUCUUCAAAACGCAUGGAGAACCUUAAAACCAAGGCUAUUCAUUUCUAAAUUAAGAUUAAUGAGUGUAAGAAUACAAUCAUUAAUUAGGAUGAGGUUUGUCUGUAUUUUAUGGAGAAAAAUACUUCCUUAUCGACAAUUUAUUUGCGGACUAGCAUUACUAAUACAUCUAGCAAUUCCAUGGGUCAAAACAUCUACUAUCUUUGAUAAGCUCGAAGAAUUAGCACAACAGCGAGAGGAUGAGAGGAAAUUCUUCAGAAAUUCUGCAGCGACAUCAAUUCAGGCUUGGUGGAGAGGCGAAAUGGUUCGUCGAAGACUUACUCUAUAUCGUUACAAUGAAUUCAGGGAGUUUUCAAUUCAAGUGAUACAAUCAGCAUGGAGAACACUAAAGGCACAAGCUAUAUUAGUAGAAAAAUUAGCAUUUACAAAGACCCCUAAUUUCAAAGCAGUUAAGAUUCAGGCAGUGUUUCGUGGAUGGUUAGUAAGAAAGAAAUUUUGUAAAUUAUUUAUGCUGAAAAGAUGUAUUUUAACAUUAAAGAGAAAGUCAUUAAUUAGGCUCGGAAUUGCAAAGCAUAUUGAGUAUAGAGGAACUUUAAGAAGAAGCCACGUAUUUAGGGAACAAAUCAGAGCACAUAGAGAGGUUGUAAACAAAGCUAUCGUAAUUCAAAGAGUUUUCCGUAUGGCUUUUUGCAGAAGACAAUAUAUGAAAUUACGUUUUUCUGCUCAAGUAAUACAAUGUAGAGCAUUUACAUGUUUGGAGGUAUAUAGAUAUUAUAAGGCAAUAAAGUCUAUAACAUUAUUACAACAGUGGUGGCGAGUUACACUUACACUUAGAAAACAUAUUGAAUCAGGGGAUACAUUAAUCAAAACAUUGAGUAAAUUUAAGAUACAAAAGAAAAUUCCAAAAGAUCCUGUUAAAAAAUCAAUUGAAAUGAAUAAUUUGAUCUCAAGAGAAUUAAAACAGUUUAAUAUGAUGAGGUAUCCAUUAUUAAGUAUGCAAGGAUUAUUCCAACCACUUGCAAAAAUUGUUGAAAGUAAUACCGUAUUUUUAAACCCAGUAGAAUUAAAUAUUGUUAAAGACAUUGGCGAUUAUUAUCCAAGCACAUGGGGAAGAGGUUUUGUGACUUUAUGUAGAAGAUUGUGUGGUGCAAUAUUUGAAACUGCUCCAACAAAACAGUUUCCACCAUUAAAAAUUCUACAAUUUUCAGUAGGUCAAAGGCAUACCUUAGUAUUAAUAGCAGAACGUAUUUUAGCUGGCCAAGAAGAAGACAGCAUUGAACUUGAUUCGUUCGAUGAAGAUUUAUCUGAUAAUAAUUUUUCAAAAAGCGGAAAUAGUGGUGCACUGCUAGGACAAACUUCUGGAAAGUUAUUAAACUUUGAAUAUAGAAAUCAUGUAUAUUCCUGGGGUGUAAAUGAUCAAGGACAAUUAGGAGUUCCUGUAAUGGAUUUGGUAUCAUCAAAUAUUAGAGAACCUGUGAGAUUUCUAGAUUCAGAAUAUAGGUAUACAAAUAAUGAAAAAACAGGAAAAACAGUUCGUUAUUUAAUAAGACAGAUAGACUAUACGAGAAGAAUUAGAUGGGUAGGAUGUGGCUCAGAUCAUUCAAUGGCAAUUACAGCAGAUGGAAAAUUAUUUACAUGGGGUGAGAAUAUAUUUGGUCAAUGUGGGCAUGGCCAUAACUAUUCUUAUAUUCCAAAUCCAAAGAUAAUUGAACCACUUAAAGAAGAACAAGUAUAUAUGGCUUCGGCUGGUGCAAGACACUGUGGUGUAGUUACACAAAAUGGAGCAGUUUUUAUGUGGGGCGCAGGUACCCAUGUAUGUUUGGAAGAUAAUCGAUUCAGAACUUUAUAUGGUCAUUUAGCAGAGUAUGAUACUGUAAGUAAUACUGCAAAUUUCUAUGAACCUUUUAGAGUAGAAUUACCCAACUUAGAUAGUUCCUUAAAUACAAAUAAUACUGAAAAUAACAAAAAUGUAAAGACUGAAGCAAAUGGAUACAGCAAAAAUAAAAAUGGAGGAGUAAGGCAAAUUUUGUGUGGAAAUGGAUUUAAUAUUAUAUGUACUCAUAAUUUAUUUAUUUGGGGAAGGAAUGAUAAGGGUCAAUUGGGAAUGAAUAAAAAAGGGCAUUUAUUAACUCCAACAUUACUUCCAUUACCAACAACUGAUUUAUUAAAGUUAGAAUACUCUGAAGAAUUGAAAAAAGAGGUGAGAAGAAGGAGUUUAUUAACGUUGAUUUCAGGUAAUAAAAUAAUUAUUUCAUCGAUUAGUGCUGGGCCAGAUUUUGUAUGUGCUACAAUUGAAGACGGGUUUAAUGUCAUGUAUCUAUGGGGAAACUUUACAGUACAUGAACAAAGUGGAGGUGGUAAUUCACCGCAUUCAAUGAUGAAAAGUUUUGGUGUCAGUAAAAUUAACUUAAAAUCACAAGUAUCAUCUACUAUUUCAAACAAGGCGAUUCAAUGCCCAACAAUUGUUAGACACAGUUUGUGGGAGAACAAAAUAUUAACACAGGUGGCUUGUACUGUUAACUCAAUUGCAGUAAUAACAGAUGAUAGUGAAUUAUAUGGUUUCGAAUUAGUUUCAUUAAAAAGAACAGAAGCUGGAAAAUCUGAAAAAAUAUCGUUUAGUGUAGAUGAAUUAACUACUGGGCAUAAGUUAGAUAAUUGGGGUGGAUUAAUUUCUGCAAAGAAAAAACAGAAGAAUGUUAUGGAUAAGAAAAAAACCCUAUUACCAGAAUUUUGCAAGGACUUGGAUGUAUUGUGUAUUCCAGAUAAAUACAAGAGUAAUUUAAACGAUUUAUUUUAUUUUGAACCGAGUCUGUAUCAAUAUAAAUGCGUACCAAAUACGAAAAAGGCAGGAUUAUUAACAGAAGAGGUAAUAUCGAGUAUUAGUUCUACAAUGAGUAUAUUGUGGGUAAAACAUCGCAGAAAAACAUAUAUUUCUCAAUACAAAGCAAAAUCAGAAACAAACAACUCAAAUAUUGAUACCGAUAAUUUGGAUGAAAAUGAAAAAUUUGAAUUAGAUAGGGAAAAUGUAUCACCCGACUCACAAAUGAAGAUGGAUGAAGGGAAUAUACUACAAAAGGUUAAAGAAAGAAGAAAUAUCGUAAUGAAUAGAAACAUGAUUUUGCAUCGUAUACAGCCAAAAAGUUAUAUACCUUCAUAUUUAUUUCAUGACCCUCAUCGUGUACUGGGAAGUGGCUGUGGGAAUGAUAGUGUUUUCGUCGAAUUAUUAAGGAGAAUAAAAAACAAGAAUAAAAAGUCUUUAGAUGAUAACAAUGAAAAUGUUUUAGAGUUAGACGAAGCUGAAAAUUCUAAGUAA